GAGAAUUCAAAGAUAAAUAACGCUGAUAGAGGAAGCGAAUGAGCGAAACUACGAUAGUUGUUUAUGUUUAGACGUCAUUCUUCGGUAGGAUGCAACUAUCACAGCUUUGAGAAUAAUCUAUCAGAAAAAAUAAAUCAAAAUAAUAUACUACUAUAAAUGGCUCUUGUUCGAAACAUAUUCACUGGAAUCGUUGGGCGCCAGUCGCAAUUUCUUAUAAAAGUCGCACAUAUUUCAACAAACCCGGCUGGUAAAGGCCAACUGAAACUCAGUGAUUCUUGCGUGAAGCGGCUGAAGGAAAUUUGCGACGACAAAUCCUUUCUGCGAGUGACGAUUGAGGGCGGCGGGUGUUCCGGCUUUCAAUACAAAUUCGAUAUAGACGACAAACUUGAAUCGGAUGAUAUGGUGUUUGGUGAAAACGAUGCACGCGUAGUGAUCGAUCAGACAUCCAUUGACUACGUGAAUGGAUCGACAAUUGACUUCCAUACCGAGCUGAUACGAUCUGGAUUUAGGAUUAUAAACAAUCCAAAGGCCGAAAAUGGCUGCUCAUGUGGGGCGUCUUUUGCAAUCAAAUUAGAUUGAAGGAUUGUUUUCGGAUGUAAAUAUGUUACAUAACUGAGAAAGUUUCUCCUCCAAGACGUUUGGCCAACCAUUCGUUUUUCACAACUGCUAACUUUAACGUUUCGCAUGUAAAUUUUGCAUUCAAAUUAGUGUGUAGUGCUCUGGCCAUUCCAACGAUGAUAAGUAAAUCGCUCUGCAAUAUUUCAUCACACAACUCUGAAAUGAAAAACGAACACAGAUUCAAUGGUCUACAAAACACUUAUAUUUAAAUAAGAAUAAGCACUGUAACUCUGCUAUUUUUACAAUAAAACGAAAAAAUAUAA